AUGGCGAACAAUAACAUCCUUUCUUUUACUGGACUCGAGAAGAAGCCUUACAUUGAUCAAUCGAGGUCCGAGUCGUCUGUAUUGGCAAAGGUAGCUAGGAAGAAGGUGACGAUGAAUAAGCUUUCAAUGGCCACCUUCUUCCUCCUCUUAGGGGCCUUCGCUCCGCUGGCCAAUGCCCAGCUGAGCGCGACUUUUUACCAGACGACAUGCCCCAACGUGACGAGCGUCGUUAGCUCCGUUAUCCAACAGGCUUUGCAGUCGGAUGCACGUAUAGGAGCUAGCCUCAUUCGGCUUCAUUUCCAUGACUGCUUUGUUCAAGGUUGCGAUGCAUCAAUUCUGCUAGAUAACGCCGCGAAUAUAGCCAGCGAGAAGGAUGCCCUGCCAAAUGCAAACUCAACAAGAGGAUUUGAUGUUCUGGACAACAUAAAGACAGCUCUGGAGAGCCAAUGCCGCGGCGUUGUGUCCUGUGCUGACAUUCUUGCAAUUGCUGCCCAAGUAUCCGUUACCCUGGCGGGAGGCCCAUCCUGGGCAGUGCAGUUAGGCCGGAGAGAUAGCACCACAGCUGAUCAGAAUGGUGCCAACAAUCUAAUUCCGGCGCCAACCGAGGUCCUCAGCAGCAUCCAGUCUAAAUUCACCACAGUCGGCCUUGAUACAACCGACCUUGUUGCUCUGUCCGGUGCUCACACAUUCGGACGUGCACAGUGUAGAUUCUUCGUCAACCGUCUGUACAACUUCACCGGAAACAACACGCCUGACCCAACCCUGGACUCCAACUACUUGGCCACGCUCAGGCAGCUCUGCCCACAAGGCGGCGACGGCACCGUCCUCGCCAACCUCGACCCGACGACUCCCAAUGGCUUCGACAACAACUACUUCUCCAACCUCCAGGGCAACAGGGGCCUCCUCCAGUCGGACCAGGAGCUGCUUUCCACCAGCGGCGCCGCCACCAUCCCGAUAGUCAACAGCUUCAGCAGCAACCAGACCUUGUUCUUUCAAAGCUUCGCCACUGCCAUGAUCAAAAUGGGAAACUUCAGGCCAUUGACUGGGUCCAGCGGCCAGAUCAGGGCCAACUGCAGGAGGGUCAAUGGUAGCUGAGCUAAGAGUCUUCUUCUUAAAUGCGGAAUUUUGUAUCUGACUCAUCCAAAAGGAUUAUUAGUAACGCGAUCAAUGUGUGCAACAUUAUGUAUGCAAUAUAUGAUAUUGAUA